AUGGUGGGCCUCUUAUCGGGUUGGCUCACCACGCAGGCCAUGGCCACAUGCAAAACCGACACAAGCUCCUCCUCGAUGUUCUUGUACCUCGACAGCUCCCCAUCAAAAACCUCCGCCGUCCACUCUUCCUUCACCAUCGACCGAACCCAACCGGGCAAGUCCGCCGCCGGCCCAUCGGACCCUGACGGGGCCCGGCCCGUUAACACCUCGAGCAUCAACACCCCAAACGCGUACACAUCGGCCUCCCUCGUUAGGACCUUGCUCACAGCCUGCUCGGGGGCCCGGUAUCCUCCGAGCACGGCAAUUGCGCGGGCCGGGCUCUGGAAUAGUGUCAGCCCGAAAUCAGAUAUACGGGCCACACCGUCCUUGUCGAGCAAGACGUUGGACGACUUCACGGCCCCGUGCGGGGCCCGCGGGCCCACGUGGUCGUCGUGGGCCCUGGCGACCCCCCGAGCGGCCCCGAGGAUGAGCCCGAUUCUCGUGGUCCACUCUCAACCUCACGAUGUUCGGAUGCCUCAAAUUCCCAAUCAAAUCCAUACACCGCUCGAAUUCUUUCCGGUCGGACGAGCUAAUGUCCUUCAACCUCUUCACCGCCACAGUUCCCCUAUUUCCCUCGAGCACGGCCUUGUAAACUGUGCCCAAAUUACCCUUCCCAAGCACCUCGGCCGAUGCACGGAGUAA